AUGGAGUCUGGCAAGCAGCUAACAGGUACACUGGCUGUGGCUGUCUUCACGGCGGCUCUGGGCUCUUUGCAGUAUGGAUACAGCGUAGGAGUCAUCAACGCCCCUCAGAAGGUUAUUGAAGACGAAUAUGGGCGAGCCCUGGGGGUGUGGUCAGAAAGGGCUGCCGGCCUAUCAGAGAACAGCACAGAAGAAGAGCGGCUGAACCCAGGACAAAACCCUGUGGUCAUCAUGUACUGGUCACUGUCAGUGGCAGUAUUUUCCAUCGGUGGCAUGUUAUCGUCCUUCCUGGUGGGUUUUGUGGGAGACAUGAGAGGGAGGGUUAAAGGCAUGUUAAUGGUCAACGUUCUGGCUGUAGCUGCUGGACUUCUGAUGGGACUCUGCAGGAUGUGGAAGCCUCACAUCAUGGUCAUAUCAGGCCGCGCUCUUAUAGGCUUUUACUGCGGGCUGAUGUCUGGACUAGUGCCCAUGUACAUCGGAGAGAUUGCGCCCAAGGCUUACAGAGGAGCGCUGGGAGCUUUACACCAGCUGGCCAUUGUUAUUGGCAUCCUGCUCAGCCAGGUUUUAGGCCUGGACUUCAUUCUGGGAAAUGCUGACAUGUGGCCCAUCUUACUUGGUUUGUCUGGGGCUCCAGCUGUUUUACAAUCCCUUCUGCUGCCGUUCUGUCCCGAAAGCCCACGAUACCUUUACAUUCUGCGGGGAAACGAGCAAGAGGCCCAAAAAAGUCUGUAUCGACUAAAAGGACCAUAUGAUGCAACCUCUGAUAUGGAAGAAAUGAGAAGAGAGAAAGAAGAGGCAGACAGAGAGGCGAGGGUGUCCAUCCUUUCUUUGAUCCGCUCUUCUGUGUACAGACAGCAGCUGUUUGUCGCCCUCAUGAUGCACCUCUCCCAGCAGCUGUCUGGUAUUAAUGCUAUCUUUUAUUACUCUACGGCCAUCUUUGAACGAGCUGGAGUUGCUCAGCCAGUCUAUGCAACCAUUGGGGUGGGGGUCAUAAACACCAUCUUCACUCUGCUAUCUGUGGUGCUGGUGGACAGAGCGGGCAGACGCUCCUUGACUCUGACUGGUUUGGCCGGGAUGUGCUGCUGUGCUGUCGCCAUGACUGUGGGCCUCAAAUUCCAGAAUGACUACUCGUGGAUGAGCUACGUCAGCAUGGCAUCGAUCUUUCUGUUCGUGUCGUUCUUUGAGAUCGGUCCCGGUCCCAUUCCGUGGUUCAUAGUGGCUGAACUGUUCAGUCAGGGACCUCGACCUGCGGCCAUUGCUCUGGCAGGCUGCUGCAACUGGACCAGUAACUUCAUCGUUGGCAUGACCUUUCCAUAUAUACAGGAUUGGCUGGGCCCUUAUGUGUUUGUCCUGUUUGCUGCGCUGCUUCUGGGCUUCACCGUGUUUAUCUAUCUUCGAGUUCCUGAAACCAAGGGCAAAACCUUUGAGGAGAUUGCUGCUGUCUUCCAGAAGGGCCAGAAAAAGAAUUACACCAAUACCGAACUGCAGCAGCUCAAAACGUCAACAGAUGCUUGA